CGGGUAUCAAGAGCUUGUGAUCAGUGUCGCAAUGCCCGCGAGAAAUGUGACGCAAAUCAGCCUAGCUGCUCUCCCUGUCUGGACGCCAAGCGCACGUGUACAUACACGUCAAACCCGAAGAAGCGAGGGCUCCAGCCCGGCUACAUACGUAGUCUU